CUUUGUCAGCGCAAUGAGGAAAUGUGGGCGGCAUUCGCAGGAAUGUUUAGCUCGCGCCAUAGCGCCAUGGAUACAGCUGUGAGGCGGGAUCGCGCAUUCCCUAGUCAGGAGAUCGGGGGCGCGGAUGCGUGGAUUUGCCGCGGCCAGGUUCUUGCCAUCGCUGAUCUUUGGAAACCUAGAGAUCUGAGCAGUGCCUGAGACGCCCGCAAAGAUGAUCAAUCGAUCGCUGCUGUUGACGUAUUUGUACCUUCUAAUUUACAUCACGCUUUCUUCUGGCGUGAUUCUCUUCAACAAGUGGGUCUUGUCGAAAAAACACUAUGGAUUUCCUUAUCCCAUCUCACUUACGAUGAUACACAUGGGAUUCUCUGGAGUUGUCACGUUUUUCCUUGUGCGUGUUUUGAAGGUGGUCACUCCAGUCAAAAUGACGUUCGAUAUAUAUAUAUCUUGCGUUGUGCCGAUAAGCGCGUUUUUUGCUUCCAGCCUUUGGUUUGGAAACACUGCUUAUCUCUACAUUUCCGUGGCUUUCAUCCAGAUGCUCAAAGCUUUGAUGCCUGUAGCAACAUUCAUGAUGGCUGUUUCGUGCGGAACGGAUAAAGCUAGAUGGGAUCUGUUUCUAAACAUGCUGCUCGUCAGCGUUGGAGUGGCAGUUUCUUCUUACGGUGAAAUCCACUUCAACGUCAUCGGUACAUUCUUCCAAGUGACAGGGAUUGUCUGUGAAGCUCUGCGACUAGUACUCACGCAAGUACUUCUGCAAAAGAAGGGCCUGACAUUGAACCCCAUCACCAGUUUAUAUUACAUCGCCCCAUGCAGUUUUUUGUUCUUGUUUUUCCCCUGGAUUGUUUUGGAGAAGCCGGCUAUGGAAGUUGAACACUGGAAAUUUAGCUUCUGGGUGUUUUUUACGAAUGCACUGUGUGCUCUGGCGCUGAACUUCUCAAUCUUCCUCGUGAUUGGGAGGACAGGGGCUCUCACUGUCAGAGUGGCGGGAGUCCUGAAAGACUGGCUGCUGAUAGCGCUUGGAACCAUCCUUUUCCCAGAAUCCAAGCUCACGGGAUUAAAUAUCAUCGGAUACGCUAUUGCACUCUCCGGAGUUGUGCUUUACAACUAUUUGAAAAUGCGGGACGCAACCAUUGUCCACCAGAUUUCUCUUGUGGAUGUAGACAAGCCAAAGGAAUGGCGGCUCGAUAAGAAAGACUCCGACGUGCUCGAGAAAGAUAUUCCAGCCAAUGCAAGCAUGCCUGUUGGAGACGAGGAGGCCCCUCUCAUUCCCUCUAGUCGUUUUCAGCGUAAUCAAAGUGGGAACCAUGAUGUAUAACAUUACAGAAAGAGGUACGAGAGCUAGCAAACAAAUUUUUUCUCCUUGGACGUCAGGUACAAAUAUGGAGCGUUAGCUCUACUGUAAUUCUUUUCUGCUAGCAGGACAGUUUUGAAGCUAACACGAUUCAUAAUUUUCCAUUAGUA